UUGAAAAUAAGUCAUUAAGUUUUUCUUUAAACUCCAAAGCAAUUGUUUGUUUCUUUAAUUUUUGAAAAUUAUUUAAUUAUCGUGUGAGUUUCAAUCGCUUUUAAAACGAGAAAAUUCCAAAUUCGAAAAAUGUUUGCGAGCAGCAGUAAAACGAAAAAUAUUAUUGUCCGAAAUUCUAUGACGCAUAGGCCAACAUCAGCCAUAACCACAACCACGACCACAACAGCAUUGGCACAGCGAUCUGCGAGUCGCGUAAAUUCAAUAGCUGGCGAAACUAGAAUCGUUGGCUCACUUAGUAGACCACAAAUGCGAUCGAGAUUCACCGAACGCAAGCCAACUCCACUAUCGGCAACCGCAUCCGGACGAGUGCACAGCAGCCAAAUUCAGUCGGGCCUCAUAAAGGCGCAAGCAUCGACCAUAACAGCACACGGUGAUGGCCGUAAAGUGAUCCGAGGCAUACCGAGCAAUACUGCGGCGCGUGCCACCGCGCGUCAAUGGCAAAAGAGGGAAGCAGCUGCAAUAGUGGCAAAACUUGCCGAAGGCCCCAGCAAAAAAACCGAGCAUAUGGAACAGCUAAAUCAUGCAGAUAUUGGCAUACAGACAAACGAACCGGAAAUACUCAAUCACGAUCUAAUCAUUGGCGAUAUUAAAUUGUUACACCCAACGGCAAGCGUCAUGGCAGAUAUCGAGCAGCAGCGCACUGAGGCACGCAAGAAAUUGCUGCUGAAGGCGCAAAGAAAAUUCGAGGGCCACUCAGAGAAGCAGGAAGCGCAUUUGACCGAUUUAAAGGAAUUCCUUGAGAAGUCUGCGGUCACCAGACGUUCACGCAAACCGAAACUAAACAUUGAAGUGGAUAAGAAACUCAUCAGCUCUAUGGACGAAAUACUAAAUAAAGGUGUGCCGAAAACUGAAUCCAUAACAGAUAUUAAAGGGCGUAUCAAGAAAAAGGAGCAAGAAUUGCUAACACUAUUCGACACUGUAGAAAAUUUGAAAAUUUAAUGUAAAAUGUAAUGUAAAAA